AUGGCGGACAGUAAAGAAGAUGAGAAUGACUCUAAUUAUCAUUUUUACCGUAACUACAACUCAAAAAUUACUAACGAAUUCAAGCAAAAUUCUAAUUUGCCUCCGGGGGCUCGUGUCGUAAUAAUUGAAAAAUCCGAAACCGGAUUCGGCUUUAACGUCCGUGGUCAGGUAAAUGAAGGGGGCCAGUUGAGAAGUAUCAACGGGGAGUUGUAUGCCCCCAUGCAGCAUGUUAGUGCCGUACUUAGGAACGGAUCGGCUGACAGAGCUGGAGUCCUAAAGGGUGAUCGUAUACUUGAAGUGUGGGUAUUAUUUUUUUCUUUGCUUUAUUUUAGCAGGAAUGGGGUCAAUGUUGAAGGGGCCACACACAAGCAGGUCGUCGAUUUAAUUAGAUCAGGCGAUGAUCGUUUGGAAUUGACAGUGAUAUCAGUUCCCCACCGAACGGCAGAGGACAGUCUAGAUGGCAGCGAUGACUCAUCAUGCCCCUCGACGAUAGAUUACUCUGAAAAAAGAUCCCUCCCCAUCACUAUUCCUGAUUAUCAAACCGUUGAAAGUGGAGGGCAAAAAUAUACAAUGUUCAACAUCCACAUGGCUGGCCGACACCUCUGCUCUCGUCGCUACAGCGAGUUUUACAAGCUUCACACACUGUUGAAGCAAGAAUUUCACGAUUUCAACUUUCCAAAACUACCUGGAAAGAAAUUUUUUCAACUUAGUGAGCACCAAUUAGAUACAAGAAGGCGUGGCUUAGAACAGUAUUUAGAGAAAGUGUGUACAGUAGUGGUAAUAGCAGAAUCUGACAUCAUGAGAGACUUCUUAUCAUCGUCAUCAUCGUCAUCGUCGCUCCCAACAUCAUCAUCAACAUCAUCAUCGUUAUCAUUUAUAGUACAAAACAAGGUGGAGUUAAAAAUAAGCUUACCCAAUCACAGCAUCUCAACUCUCAACAUACAAAGACAUUUAAACGCGGCCGAAGUUUAUCAAUUAUUGGCCGACAAGCUUGGCUGGAGUAGUGAGGUGUCUGCCUGUUUCUUCCUUUUCGAAAUUGAAGAAAAUAAUUUUGAACGAAAGUUGGAUGACAACGAGAAACCUCAUGCUUUAUACAUUGGCAAUUACAAUACAUCAUCUGUAACGUGUAUCAGUCUUAACAGGUGUGUAUAUUCAAUAGGAAGAGAGAGAAAUAUUUUGUUCAAAGACCCGACAGCUGUAGAUAUCUUGUAUCAUCUAGCAGUAGCACAAUUGGAUAACGAAGAGAUCUCAGUUAGCACGACUCAGACUUCUGAACUGAAAGCACUAAAAGAUUCAAAUAAUACAAUUAAGUUCAUAGAGUAUUGUCAGGGCUUGCCUAAUUAUGCGUGCAAAAUCUUUCCCCACUGCAAGUGCGACGCCCGCAAAGACGGUCACGUGAUAACGUGCGUGGGGCUUAAGGGCAUCAGUCUGCAGGCCUGCACCGCCAACGGCCAAUCAGAGGGACAGGUGGUGGAAUUUGAUUGGUCAGAUAUAAAUAGCUUGGAAGCCGACCAAUCGGCUCUCAUCUUCACCUACAAGAAACCAGAGUUAGAGAGAUCUGAAUCACAAACUCUUUAUCAUGGUACCAAAAGAAUCACUAUUGAUUUAUUUUUGGUCAGCUCAUUAACAUAA